AGAGCCACCCGCCGAAUCUCAUUCAUUCAUUCCCACUGCCUGUCUGUUUGUCUGUCUGCUCGCCUGCCUAGCUCCCCUCUUCAGACAUGGCUUUCUCAACCACUUUCACUCUCCCCGCCUCUCGUCGCCUGUUCCCCGCCCUGCUCCUCCUCAUGCUCGCAGCGGUCCCGCUGUACGGUGCAAAGCUCGAGAAAAGGCAGAGCAACAACGCGAUGCGCGGCCACAUGGACGUCGAGCUGCCCUACGUCGACGUGAGGCGCUGCAUGAUGGUGCAGAGCAUGAAAGACUUUCCCCCGAAUCAGGAGCAGCUCGACAACCUCCUGGGCACGACCCAGUCGUCCUUCUGGAAGCCGCCGACCAGCACCGACAAGCGCCUCUACACCGACGGCCAGGUGCUCAACAACGUGGACAAUGUCGAGGACCUGUGCGAGGUGUGCGACGUGGCGGUGCGGACAAACAAGUACAGCGGGCUCCAGUACAACGACUGGAGCCUCAAGAGGGGCCUCUGCAAGUACCUGCGCGGCAAGAGCGGUGGAUCAAGGAAGGUGAACAACGCGAAAGCCUCGUACAACUCAUUCGAGCAGGCGACCUCUUGCUCGAAUGCCUAUUCGAACAACUUGGCCACGGGCAACUAUUGCGCUCUGUCGCGCGGGAUGUACUCGCUCCUUUUCUGUGGCGCCAAGGUCAAGAUUCAAACAGGGAGCCAGGAGGCGACAUGUACCGUCGUCGACUGGUGCGAGACGUGCGACACCAAGGACCUCGUCGUCACAGCGUCCGUCUAUGAGCAACUGCUUCAGGACAAAAGCACCAACCAGCAGUACAUGCCCGUCUCGUGGAGCAUCUCGCUGCCUUGAUGGACGGCUUGCCACCAAAGCCCCCCCUCGCGGUCACAUUUUCUUACUUCUUCCCUCUUCUUCUUCAAGCCACAAUUGUCUCCCAAAGAAAAAGUUUCCUAGAUUAAAUUCAAGUGAUUGACUACUGAUGCUUGGCU